AUGGCGCCGUCAAACGCCGCCGCGGGCGCGCUCUUCAGUCCAGCAUCGCUCAACCUGCCCACCCGCGAACGAGGCCGAGAUCGCGACCGAGACCGCGACCGUCACGACCGCCCCGACCAGCAGCUGUCCGUGGUGCGCUCCAGCAGCAAGGAGCGCAAGGCGUCCUUUUCGUCGCUCAAGGCCUCGCUGCCCGGCUCGCGACGCCGCGCCAACAACAGCAACGCCAGCGGGACCGCCACGCCCUCGUCCAACGGCAACGGCGUCACCAACGCCUCUGCGCCGCCUCUGCCCGACUACGCCCUCGCCGCGGCGGCCAAGAUUGUGGCCAAGGACAAGGACAGAGACAGAGACAGAGACGCCGCUGAAGGCGCCUCGGCCGCAGAGCUGGCAAACACCAUGAUCCCCCGCGGCUCGGCCAUGACGGCCAUGACGCCUGCAACGCCCAUCGAGGGCCGCCCGGGCAUGACCAGCACCAUGUGGGCGCUGGCGCAGGGCGAGACGCAGGUGUUGCAUCACCAGAUUACAGAAUUGGCUCAGAAGCGCAUGUCGACGCUGGACUACCUGCGGAAAGCCCACGAAGGCCGCGUCUACUGGUUCAACACAUACCUCUUCGACAAGCCCGACCUCUCCCGAAUGCCCAGCUUCGACCCCCGUAAGCUCUCCCGCAAGGCCACAAACUACCUCCUCCUCGGCCUCUCCAUCCCCACCAUUCACGAUCUCUACUCGUCCACGCCGCUCGAGUUCCUGCGCUGCCUCAACGCCCUGCUCGCCGAGUUCGACUCCUUCCAGCAGCUCCACGGCGACUCCUCCAACGCCGCCCUCAGCCGCGCCCGCCUGCCCAACAUGUUCCGCCGCCCUGGCAUGAAGACCCGGCGCUCGACAUCCGCCGACGUCACCUUUGACGACUCGUCCGCCUCUGGCCACCAAUCGCCCGCCGCCGGCUCGACAAACGGCGGCCCGGCCCCGGCGGUCAUGAACUUUGCGGCCUCGGAGUCCGACCUGCUCCCCGGCGAGGAGUACACGUACCUGCUGACGCCGUCGCUGCCGUUUGACCCAGACUUUUUCGAGACGUUUGCGACGCUGUGCGAUGUGCUCAUCGACUGCUACACAAAGUUUCUGGCGCUGGUGCCGUCGCCGAGGGAGUGCACGGCGCCAGUGGCCGAGCUGUUUACAAAGGCGGACUCCAAGAUUCGCAAAAUCAUUGUGCAGGGCGUGGUCAAAGAUUUUGAAGACCACAGCAGGAUGCAUGUCAAGUCUGAAAUGGCGGGCAUAGGCAAGGUUGUGCUGGGAGGGUUAAUGUGA